AUUCCGAAGAAAAACAUGUACAGGCGCACCUGAUAGUUUUAGUCCGACUGACAAAUAUCAAGGAAAUUACAUUGUAAAUUUAAUUAAAAUAGUAUUAAUUUAAUAUUUAUAUAAUUAUAAAAUGGAAACAGCAAAUAUAGAUGACUUAAAAACCGCUGUUAGAGGUAUUUUGGAGAAUAAGGGUAUAUUAAACGAAGUAAAAACGAAACUAAGAGGAGAAAUAUUCAAAAGUUUACAAGAUGAAAGUGAUGAUAAACAACCGCCAAAUAAAGAAAAUGCUAUUAUUAAUGAAUUAAUCAUAGAAUAUCUGGAAUUUAAUAAUUAUCGUAAUACAGCGUCCUUAUUAAAAACUGAAAGUGGACAAACUGGACCUCAACUACCAAGAUCUCUUUUAUGUGAGGAAUUGAAUAUUAUUGAUGAAACAGCCAACAUACCUCUUUUGUAUGGAUUGAUUGCUUAUUUACAGAAGCAAUCAAGAUCUUAA